CAAAAGAGUAUUCAUUACCACCUGCGGAUGGCUGCCGAUUCAUAAACAGCAUAGGAUUUUACCAUUGAUUCAUUGCUGGAACAUUCCAAAAUUUUCAUUUAAGCUGUGAAAUUCGGCAUUUAUAAAUUGUGUGAAAUUCGGAAAUUUAUAAAUUGUGUGAAAUUCGGCAAAGCUUUAGUUAAUGGCACAAGAAUGGAAAUCCCAAACCAAAACGCAAGUUUUAGCAAAUUAAGAAUCAUUAAAAAUUUGACUGCAAUAUCUAUAUCAUUUCUAUUGAUGUUCACUGCUUGUGAUGGUUUAAUUAUGCUCCAAACGACUAUGAAUAAAGAGGAAGGGAUAGGCACGGUCGGUCAAGCUGUCAUACAUAUUACUUAUGGAAUUUCGUCUUUAUUACUUUCUAGUUAUGUUAGCAAGAAACUUGGCAGUAAAUCAACUCAGCUUUUGGGAAUGAUUAUGUAUUUGCCCUACGUUGCAGCAAAUUUUUAUCCUUCGUGGAUUACUCUGGUGCCGUCAGCCGUCAUCACCGGUGUUGGCUGCACUUUACUUUGGGGAGCUCAAUGCACAUAUUUCAAUGAAUGCUCAGUUCUCUAUAGAGACGUUACAGAUGAUUCCACUGAUUAUAUUCCAAGUCCUGUGAUCACCUAUAGAUCUGGUAAAGGAGAGAUAAAAGAACUAUCUGCAAAGCAUUUCCUGCAAGAAGCAGAAAUAAGUCUAAACUUUCAAGGAGAUUGCGAAAACUCUCUAAAAACUUCUCCAUCAUUUCAUCUGCCAUCAUACAAACGUUCUGAACCUGGAAGUGAAACAGAAUCAAAUCGACAAUGUUCGGAAAGAACUUCCAAAAAAACAACUGAAUAUGUUCAAGAUUUUGAAAACUUAAAUUCCGAGACAAUCAAUAAUCCUAAAUUAUCUGAGGACAUUCAAACUAUUGAGGAAAAAAAAAAUAAACCUUUUGCGUUGCAUACAAAAAACAAGAUGGAAUAUAAUCCUAAUCAAAAGUCGAAGUCUCUUAGUGCUGUGAAUUCUUUGUUUUUCGGCUUCCAUGGUUUGGCGUAUUGUUCUGCACAAGUGUGGAGCAAUUUAAUCAGUUUCUAUGUGCUUGCCUCAAAACAUACUGAAAACUAUAAUAAAACUUCAAAUUGUUCUUGUGGGGCAGAUUUUUGUAAUACUGACCAAGAGUGUGUCAAUUCUAAGAUAGAAGAAGUGCCCUCAGAUAUCAGACAGUAUUACACCGGUUUAUGUUUUGCUUGUGGGAUCCUAGCUGUGCUACUAAUUUGGAUAUUUGUGGAUCACUUGGAAAAAUCUAAAAAGCAAGUAACUUUAUCGUGGAAUCAUAUCUUUGCCACCGUUAAAUUCAUCCGUAAUAAAGAACAGCUCUUUAUAAUACCCCUAACCAUUUGCACCAGCAUGGUUCAAGCGUUUUAUAUGGCUGAUUUUACGAAGUCCUAUAUCGCAUGCUCUUGGAGUACUUCACAUAUUGGACUGGUUACUGUCUUUUACGGCAUUACUUCCGCUUUAUCAUCUAUGAUUUCCGGUGUGUUGAUUAGACUAAUUGGAAGAAGAAUCGUUUUAAUUUGCUGCCAGAUUAUCAACAUAGUGAGUCUAGUCCUGCUUUAUUUGUGGACUCCUGAUGCACAACAACCUAUUAUGUUCUACUUGGCCGGUGGAAUAUUUGGCUUUGUAAUUGGAAUAUUCCAUUCUCAAACGAAAGCGCUUUAUGGAGUUUUCUUCCAAGGAGAAGAAGAAACAGCCUAUUCCAGCUGCAACAUGUACAGUUCCAUAGGAUGGGCGUUACCAUUUGUCUACAAUGAAUUCUUUUGCACUUCAAUUAAACUGUACAUCAUGUUUACAAUUUCAUGUUUGGGAUUACUAGGAUAUUUACUGGCUGAAAGGAGUUUCAGCAGAAGAAAAAAACAAAAUGAAACAUUUAAAUAAAUAUCUACUGAUUAAUUU